GGUGGAAUCUUGGGGCAGGUUUAUUUACUAGUAAUUUGAAGGGGGAAGGGUAGAGCUGACCAUUCAUUUCAUAUCUUGAUGGCAAUAGAUUUCUUCCGAGAAUCGAACACACUGUCAAUGUCACACUAAAGUUAUAUUUCCAUUCAUGUGGUUCAAAUAAUAAUAAACGACUUUCUUAAAACUUGAAAUACGGGUAUCCAGUCACCUGGUGGUUUCUUUCAAGAAGUAAAAGUUUGUAGCAAUUGUAAAAGUAGUUCCAAAUCGAAAUUUCGAAGCGUGUUUAACAUUUCUUUUCCUUUGGAAUUUUAUUUAUAUAAUGGCUACCACAAGUGUGGACUAUCGCGAUUUCUUACUUGUUUUCAAAGCUUUCCAUCUGAAAAAGAAUGCCCCAAAUGGAAUAAUUUGCAAUUGCGAGCUCGAAAAAGAGGAUACUGUUUUUUCUAAAGAUGAGGAGAGAUAUAUUGAAGAAAUUAAUGGUGGUUUGGGAUUAUUUUCCGAUGAUUCUUUUCGAAUAGAAACCAUAAUGGUACCAACAUGUGAUGAUGAUAUUUCAUCAACUAAAAUUUUGAAAAAAAAUUUUCGUGGUGUUAGGUCACCUUACAGGAGCUUAAUGUGGUGUGGCCGCCUUCUGAUUGAAUUCCACGAAGAAAACCAAUGCAGUCGAUGCAGUCGGUAUUUAUCGUCUGCUCUGAAGUUUUAUAUAAAAGCGAUUGAAAUCUGCAAAGAGGCUCGCUAUCUUUUACCUAUCCGUCCUUUUAGUAUGAUAAUGAAAGAACUUUUAAGGCUUUCAUCUAAAUUUCGCGUUCACCAGAGUGUAUUUCUCGAACUUUUGAGAUUGCUUAGCACAGAUCGAUAUUAUUAUCUGUCUGAUUUUCUGACUGACGAUGAGGUUUGUGUGUUAGAAGAUAUAUUUAGAGCAGCAAACGAACUUAAACUACAUAUAUUGUUACUAUGGAAAAAAGUAGACAGGAGAUCUUACCAUUUAUUUAAUUGUUUUAUAUAUAGAAAAGUUGAAUUUCUUAUUCCAUUAAUCAAAUUUGGAAAGUCAGAGUGCAUAUCAAUAAAGAGUGGUGAAUAUUGGGUGUCAGCAUUGUACAAUGUCAGUGCGUCUGUGAUAUUAACAGUGAACAGUGACUAUGAAUACAACUCUACAACAUUCCGCGCACUGCAAACUCUGCGUUUGUUUUUUAUACCAAAUUCUGACGUGGAUUCAACUACAGGACCCUACUCACUGAAGUUAUUGUGGAAUAGUAUAACAGAACCAUUCCUGCUUCAGGAGGAGUUUAAAAAGAGUUUCACAGUAUAUGAUGAGCGUGGUCUAAGUAUCUUAACUGCAGCAUGGGAUUGGUAUGUAAACCAUGUGCUAGAAAACGCCAUCUCACUCAGAGGACCAAGAUCUCUGGCCCAUCUUUCAAGGUGUUCCAUUCGUCGGCAACUGGCGGCAUGCCUUCAGCUUCCAUGUGGUGUCGACCAGCUUGAUUUUCCGAAGAUUCUAAAAGAUUAUAUUCUUUUGGAACAUUGAAAGUUUUUUACCAGUGCAGAGUUGAAGAAGCUGUGUAAUUUCGAUGAAUAAAUUUAACUAUAAUAAGCUGCAA